AUGAGAGGAAGAGGCGGAGAAGAAGAACCGGAGUCGACGAUUCCACUGUUGAAAAGCCAUCACGAGGAGGAGGAAGACGGUGGAGGAUUGAAUAAGAGAGUUUUGGUUGAGACAAAGAAGCUAUGGCAAAUCGUUGGUCCGGCAAUAUUCAGUAGAUUAACGUCAUAUUCGAUGCUUGUAAUAACUCAAGCUUUCGCUGGUCAUCUCGGAGAUCUAGAACUCGCCGCAAUCUCCAUCGUUAAUAACGUUGUCGUCGGCUUCAACUUCGGCCUCUUGCUUGGAAUGGCGAGUGCGUUGGAAACGCUGUGUGGACAAGCGUUUGGAGCGAAGAAGUAUUACAUGUUGGGAGUUUAUAUGCAGCGUUCUUGGAUUGUUCUCUUCUUUUGUUGUCUCUUUUUGUUACCGACUUAUCUUUUCACGACUCCGGUUCUCAAAUUUCUCGGUCAACCGGACGAUAUCGCUGAGCUUUCCGGUGAGGUCGCCAUUUGGGUCAUCCCUCUCCAUUUCGCCUUCUGUUUGUCUUUCCCUCUUCAACGUUUCCUCCAGUGCCAGCUCAAAAACCAAGUCACUGCGGUUGCGUCUGGGAUUGCAUUGGUGGUUCACUUUUUAGUGUGUUGGUUGUUUGUGGACGGGCUUAAACUAGGAGUCGUGGGAACAAUGGCUACAAUCAGUAUCUCUUGGUGGGUCAAUGUUCUUAUUCUAUUAGCAUACUCCGUUUGCGGUGGCUGUCCACUCACUUGGACCGGCUUCUCUUCCGAAGCCUUCACCGGACUUUGGGACUUCCUCAAGCUUUCGGCUUCUUCCGGCGUCAUGCUUUGUUUGGAGAAUUGGUAUUAUCGGAUUUUGAUAAUAAUGACUGGAAAUCUUGAGAAUGCUCGAAUCGCCGUUGACGCUUUGUCCAUAUGCAUGUCGAUAAAUGGUUGGGAGAUGAUGAUUCCGCUCGCUUUCUUCGCCGGAACCGGUGUACGUGUGGCGAACGAACUAGGAGCAGGAAAUGGAAAAGGAGCAAGAUUUGCUACGAUUGUAUCAGUGACACAAUCGUUAAUAAUCGGAUUGUUUUUUUGGGUGAUAAUAAUGCUUUUCCAUAACCAAAUUGCUUGGAUUUUCUCUUCAAGCGAAGCUGUUUUACUGGCCGUUAAUAAACUUUCCAUUCUGCUAGCUUUCACCGUUCUUCUUAACAGUAUUCAACCGGUUCUUUCUGGUGUUGCGGUUGGGUCUGGUUGGCAAUCCUACGUAGCAUAUAUAAACUUGGGAUGUUACUACUGCAUUGGGGUUCCAUUUGGGUUUCUAAUGGGCUGGGUUUUUAAGUUCGGUGUCAUGGGAAUUUGGGCUGGUAUGAUUUUUGGAGGAACCGCAGUUCAGACGAUGAUCUUAAGUUUCAUCACGAUGAGAUGUGAUUGGGAAAAAGAGGCGGAGAAAGCAAGUGCACGUGUUAACAAAUGGUCAAGAGCUAUAGAGUAA